CCUCACCGCAGGUACAAGGUGUCUUGCUGAGCAGCGGCUUUUAUGCGCCGUUGAAUGCGACGAUUGCCGAAGCAGAUUCCUCCACCAAGGAUUCAAGGAUUUUUACUGCUCCUUAAUUUAACGCUAUUUUUUAUUCUGAGCAUCGCUAAAGGGUUGCAUUAAAUAUGCUACAUUUGGAGGUGCGGUGUUCCAGACUUUAGCAUUUUUUCUGCUUUAGUUUUCUUCAAAGUGUUUUUGCAUAUUUUAUUCACGGCAGGAGGAGAUUUCAAGGAGACAGUCAUUUUUUUUAUAUAAUUUCUUUACAGUAAGAAUAAGCCAUCACGUUGGUGCAGUUUGUUACAUUGCUUAACAUAAGAAUUUAACUCGAAUACUUUGGCAACAAGUAUUUUCUUUGACUUCUGAUAACAUCCUACUACACCUUCUCACUAUCAAAUUUUAAAAAGUUACCUGUUUCGUGUUCUGAAUGCUCUAACCUGCCUCAUAAAGCAGACAGUUCAAACUUUUACGGCUUUGAAAAAUCUUUAACUGUAGCACAAAAAUUUGAUAAAAUCGCAAGUAAAAUUUUCUACCCGAUUAAUUACUUUGUUGACAUCUCAUGAGAAAAUAAAUUCAAUAAGUAAGUAUUCUGAACCGCUCCCAAGUCUGCGCUUGGUAAUGGACCUUGAAAAAUAAACUUGUUUUUUCGCAGAUAAGAAGUGGCAACAAGUAGCAGUCCUUUUCUAUUAACAAGCAGGACAUUAAAGAAAAACCAAUUAAUCAAGCAAGUAGGACUUUAACCUCGUCAAGGGUUUUAAAAGAAACCAACGAUCUUCUAACAAUCAUUUGACCAACGAUUGAGACAUCAAAUACAUACGAAGAUUCUCAGUGUUUUGGAUUUUUGGAUUUACGAUAUCGUAAAUGGGUUUGUGAUUUUUUUGUUAUUCUACAGUGUUGGCAGACUUCAAACUUCUAGCAUACUCAAAAAAUAUUUUACAGAGGAUAUUUUUUGUGAGCAGUUUUUGCUUACUUUUAUUAAACUCUUCAUGGUUUCGAAGACUAUGAUUUUAAAUUGCUUCACUUUUCUGCGGAUUGCGGAAACCAAGUAACGUACCAGAUGGUGUUCUCUGAAAAGAGAUGACUAAUAUCUUCCUAUGUAUGCCAGAUGUACGCCAUCUUCGAGGAAGUUGUCGGGCCACAGCCAGCAGUCACCUUCUCUGCCGCGAAAGAUACACAAAACCCAGAAGACGAAGAUCAAGGAAUCGUUGUGACCUCUGCCGACCAACAAUCCGCGGCCGACCCAGAAAAUUCUGAGAAUACUUCCCAGUAUGGAGCGGGGCGGACGCGACCUAAGAGAUCCCCAGCUAAGCAACGAGUCUAUGGAUCCUCUUCCUAUCAUCACAGGCAUUCAGCUACCUUACCACGAAGCAGCAGACGACGCCUCCAACCAUCGUCGACAGCAAUACCGAACGACAGCGAAGACACAUCAUCAUCGACCUCCUCGUCCAAUCCGCUGCUGGACACGAUUAGUGUCCUAGCUUACGAUCCUCCGGAUGAUUCCGACGACUAUUAUGAUUUGACGAGUGUAGUCUAUGGCCAGUGUAGAGGCGCAUCUAAGAGUGAAGGCGAAAAACACAGCAAGACUAGCGCAGGCGUCACAGUUGAAGGAGAUCGUGACUCUAUUGGUUAUGCGGGAUCUAGUUCCAUCGAUAGCGGCUAUAAAAGUUUUUGUCCUACACCAGAAAUUCCAGACUCUUCGAUUUAUGGACCAGAAGACUUGUGUAAUCGAACUCACCCCUAUUCUGGGUUUUACACGGAUUCGUCCGUUUCUCAGGGUCGGAGUAGUAAACCUCGAAUUAUGAUGGGCACUAAAGUCAUUAACAGGCAAGGGCAAGUGUCACCUUCACCGCUCAGAGAAUCUCCAGUGUCCAGGAGAUCAGAUUCAAGCCUAUACGAUGUGAAUCUGGAUCACCUCAUGUACCUUAGGCAAUCACUGUUAAGCGCGAUUCAGAAGUGUGAGUCUUCAAAAUCAGAUUCCACUCCGUCUGCUAAGCAAAGCAGGCGAGACAGCACUCAGGCGGACAAAUACGUGAAUGGUAAUCUUGUGGAGGACCAACGUUAUACAGAUAAUCCUACUGCGAAAUGUGCACCACCGAGUUACCAAAAAACGGUUCGUUUUAACACAGAUGUGAAAGUCUCUACUGUGAACUCGUCCCAGCCGGCCAGCGAGAGUUCGGAUGCCAAUUCUUCUCGGACAGUUGACUCCUCUGGUGAGGCGAAUAAAAUACAAUCUAAGUCCAUUCUUAAAGAUCCAUUGUGUGCGAAUCUUCGGUCGCAGUUGGAAGCUGGUUCUUCGGACUGCACACUGGAGGAAGAGAUCGAUUCUCUUCUGUAUGGAAGAGCUGAAUUUUACGAUUUGGAAAGCGUCGAUGACUUUCCGUGCAGCUAUGUAACCAUGAUCGAAGAGAAAUAUCGAAGUGGAAAACCCAGCUUAGCCAAAGUUAGGAGACUUAAAGGCGGAAAGACACAAGAGCAAACAACAAAAGUGGGACAGGCAGCAGAUUGUGGAACUGUAUCCUCCAGUGGAGUACCAGCUGAAGAAGAUUCUAGGCAGCAGAAGUCAUCGAAAGAAACUUCAACCACCGUAUCCAUCAGCAAAACUGCGAAAUGUCGUUUCACUGAAGUUGCUCGGUGUAUGCUGGAAAUAAUUGAAGACUUGCAAAUGAAGAAAUUGCAACCAGAUGCUGGAAAAGAAGGAGCAGAUUCAUCGACUGAAACUCAAAAACUCGAAUCUUCAUGUUCGGACGAUAAAAUACCAGACUCUAGUGCCAGUGCAGAUCCAAAAUCUAGCACUGAGUGCUAUACAACAGCAGCGGAAUACCAUGUUUAUGAGGAAAUCGCUUAUGAUUUCUUAACAAAUGGUACUGUACCUCUGCCUCCAAAGCGGCAAGAGAUGCCACCACCUUUGCCAGCUCGACCCACUAUUAUAUUCUCCAAAUCGGAGCAACAAGUCGCUCAACAAGUGCGCUGUCGUGUGCCAUCUCCACCAUCUAGAAAAGGACGCUGUCCUUUACGCAGGAAUCUGCAACAAACCUCUGACAGUUCUUCUGAAGAAGUCAGAAAUAGACCAAAGCAGAGGGGAAACUUAUAUUGUCUUUUCGCUGAUCGUGCAGAACGUAGAAAUAUCUCCAGAUCUUUGGAAAGAGAGUGGCGAGUGACUGGAAAUUCGGACAAUCAAGAUGAUGAUUAUGGCUUUAAGAAAGAGUUUCCAUCUAUUUGAUCGAAACUAAAAUAUAGAACCUGACACAGGAGUGAACAAAAUGCGGGUAUGAUUUAAGAAAAAAAUAUCAUCAACAGAAACAAUUUUUAAUCAUUUCCGGUGUCCUUACUGCCACAUUUCACUUCUGGACGCUGUACAUACUUCAUGAGGACAUCUCUUCCACUUACAGGCGUGUCAUAAAUUACCAGAAUAGUACAAAGGACUUACUGAUCGGAUUAAAAAAUGAAAAUUAUUUGCAUUCCGCUGUACUAUAAAUAUUAUAUAUGGUAUAUGAAAUGAAAGCGAUCUCUGAAAGAUACUUGAAAAUAUUAACCACCAAUUUAUUACCUUUCUUAUUACCAAUUAGAAAUGUUUUAUCUAUUUGUGAGAAAGAAAUUAUUCAUUUCUUUUUUAUCUUUAAACAAACUAAUGGAGAAAUUCUAAAAUUUGAUUACUUUUUUAUCAUAUCUUGAGAAUGUAAAAGUGCAUUGUUUUUUAGAAAAAAUUGUGAAAUAUUUAUACUAAGCUAAAAUUUUGAGUGGAAGAAAAACAUAUUUUUGUAAAAGUUUCCAGCUAUAUGGCUAUUAAAAUACCAAGUGAUUAUGUUGAAAUAUAUGAUCAUAUCAAUCCUAAUUGCAUAUGUUCAAAAAUAUUUAUAUUUAAAUAGAUGUAUUUUAAAAGAGCAAAUUCAGUUAAUUGAAAUUAUAAGCAAACAGUUAUCAGAAGAUUGAGUUAGAUAUUUAUUUACUUUUAAACAGUUACUUGUACAUUAUUGCCAAAUACUUCCAUAUAUUUGUUCUCUUGCAUGAAUUUAAAUUACCAUUAUUCUUAUGUUCUGUAGCCAUAUAAAAAUGAAUAUAAUACCUCUUCGCUUUUGAAUAGAUAGCUUAAGUGUAUUUGUUAUAAAGUAAAAGACAAAUUUUCCAUGAAUUUGUUGAUAAAUUAUUAUUUGUAGGACUGUAAGAUUUUAGUAGCUUACAAGAAAAUUAAAGAUAUUAAAAAUGUA